UUACUACAAACCACAGCUCUUUCACUUCCUCCAUGUGUUUUUGUGUCAGAUGCGUUAGGAUUGUUGCUGCUUUUCUGUAUUUAUGUACUGUCCGUUUUUGCUGUGGCCAUGAAUGGACCUUCUCGUUCGUGAUGAUAGUGAACAAAUUUUUCUGUAGUCUUGUUCCAUAUUUUUCUUGCAGAAUGGGGAAUUUUAUGUCAAGUGCACCAGGAACCUUCUCAAAGAAAAAAUCUGCUAGUUUUGUUCAGGAAGUGGUUGAUCAUAACUGCAUUGUGAUAUUUUCUAAAACCACAUGUCCCUACUGUCAUAUGGCAAAGAAUGUAUUUAAUGAAAUUGGCAUUUCAUACAAAGUGAUUGAAUUGGACCAACAUCAAGAUGGAAAGCAGCUUCAGGAGGUUUUAGGCGAAAUGACUGGUGAGAAAACGGUACCAAGAGUGUUUGUAAAUGGAACUUGUAUUGGUGGCGGUUCAGCAACAAAGGAACUUCAUCAAAAGGGAAAACUUUUGCCAUUAAUUGAGCAAUGUGCAAUAUCUUCUAGAGGUGCUUACCAUCCAUCGCCUAACUGACUAGGAAUGUCAGCUAAUUUGCACAUUACAAAUAAUGACUAGGUAUGUGUAAAGUGUAGAAGUUUAUUGAACUUUAAAUUCAGUAUUUUAUAUACUGUAUACUAUAAAUAUACCAUAUAGUCAUACAGUGAGUUUGUGUGUGUGUAUAUAUAUAUACACAUCAUUUGUGUGGUAUAUUUCAUUAUAUGAGAUUUCAUUUUUUCACUCCCACAAAAAAAAAAAAACCUUAAGUGUUUAAAUACGACAGACUAGUGAUGUGUCAAAUAAUUCAGUCAGCUUUAUAAUUUUUUGUGGAAAACUGUUAAAUGUAUUAAAAAGUAAAUAAAUAUGCUAACAGAUAAAAA